AUAUCAGCUUUCUCUUUGAAUAGUGACAUCACCAGAUUAAAAAGGAGACACUUCUGGCGUCGAUAUCCUAUUAUACUCUUCCCUAAUAAAAGCUGGUUUCUAUCUCAGUGGAUCUAGAACUGCGUAGAUAGAAGUACAGAAAUUCCUACGAGAGCUAGUUAGAGCUCUCGCCUCUCAUUGGCGAAUGUUCGCCUUUGUCUCCACAUAGUGAUAUAGUACCCUAGUGAAGCGUGGCUGUAGAAGAACAUAAACCAUGGCAGCCAACCCCUUGGAAAUUCAACCCAACCUGAAAGCACAGGAGAUGGCUCUGACCCUAGAACCACCGAAACACGUGGGAGAAAUUAAAUCAGCAACACGAGUAACUGGAGGACCAGCAACUCCUAGGAAAGGACCACCAAAGUUCAAACAGAGGCAAACAAGACAGUUUAAGAGCAAGCCGCCAAAGAAAGGAGUACAAGGGUUUGGUGAUGACAUUCCUGGAAUGGAAGGUUUAGGCACAGACAUCACUGUCAUCUGCCCCUGGGAGGCCUUCAGUCACCUGGAACUACACGAACUUGCACAGUAUGGUAUCAUCUGAAAAUGGCAAUUGUCCCAAAAUUCCAUGUGCAUUGCUACUCUGGUCGAUAGAGUUCCAGAACAUUCCUGCCCUUCCCCCUUCAUUUCACCAGUGGCUUCAGGAUCACAAGUGAGGCCAGGCCUCAGAAUUGCGGACAUGACUGUAAAUAAUAGUACAAUAAACUUUCCUAUUUAAACUCACAGUUCCUUUUAUCAUUCUAACAAACAAAAGCAACUAUCUUAAAUUGACAUGUCAACGGUAUUGGCUCUCAUCUUCAACAAAGCUGAGCACUAGAUGCAAUACCCAGAAGUGUGUGCGGUGAGCAUUUUAUAUCUAUGGCAAUAUUGAAUACGUGCUAUCAUGCUUCCUUUAAAUGCAUCUCCUCCAAAACAAUAUGAUGGCACAUAUACAAAUUUAUUCUGAUCACGGUCGAUUUUUUUUUUAAGCGUUGAACUUUGUAGGAGAACUAUGUUUUCUGUGAUACUGUGAACGUGCAGGGUUGAAUUGAAAAUUCUUAACUGUUCCUUAUUUGUGCAUCCUUCUGAAUAAGAGCCUCAGCGUACACAAUGCACCUCUACUGUGAAUAUUGAGCAAAGUCAUUUUUAUCCAAUCUUUUGAUCUAACUAGUUUCUUGUUGGUCAAAGCUUUGAGUUUUUUUUCCUGUCUCAAAAUGAACCACUCAGGGAUGCUUAGAAGUUGUAGUUUGCUGAGAAUUGCUUGAACAAGAGUUUGUUGGUGAUUUGUUUGUUGCGUGGGUGAAUAACUUUAGCAUUAACUUGUUAUCCUUUAUCCAAGUUCCGCAUAGGAUUUCACUGUCAUACAGUACUUUCAAUUCAUUCAUCUGCCUCUUUGUUUUUCUUCAUUCGUCAUUAAACUUUAUCAUUUUAUCCUCACUGAUUGUACUUCCCCGUUCCAUUUUCCCUGCUUUUUUCAACAGUCCAUUUUAUCAACAACAUAUUUCAUUUCUUGUGGGCUUACAUUGUUCUUGCUCUGUCAUAUCAUUUCAAGAGCCAGCAUCUAACUGAUUCCAUUCCACUAUCUAUCCAGAGGAUUUCACCGUCAUACUUAAUAUCCAAUAAAGUCUCAUGAUUGCUACGUCAAUUCUAUCUCUUGGGGCAGUCAACUUCGUAUCUAGCUGUUGAUUUUUUCAAUUUCUUCCUUCGACCAUCAGUUUUACAUUUUCUGAUUAUUUUAAUAUCUUGUCUCAUAUCUUUCCGUCUUUUCUCCCAGUCUUCACUUGGUUCCACUCCAAUAAACUCAGAACCCCCUCAACAUUUAAACUUUCUCUGAUCUCAUUUUGAACACUUAUUUUUCUGAAUAAGUCUAUUGUUCUUUGUAAACUUUACUUAAUAAGUGCUAAACUGUGGAAAGUGAAUGCUCCAAUUUGCACUAUGUUUUCAGAGCUUUUGUGUUUGAUGUUUCUAUUUGAUACUUACCCUUUCUGUUAAUAUGCUAAUUUUCAAUUCUAUUAUAUUUCUAUUCCUAACUGUUGUUAUACUCUGGAUUCUGGAUUAUUUUUGCAAUUUUGGAUUAUUUUUGCAAUUCCCUUGGAGUACAUAAUUGUAUCAAAUCCAUUAGCUUUACUUUUUAAUUUUACCCUCAUUUUUUAGGUUAACGUUUUGAAAAUAUUGCAAAUCAAUAUACCUCAUUAAAUCUUCCUUCUCUUUGAUUGCUGUGUUUUCUUUUUUAACUGAUUUGGGUCAUUCUGUUCAUAUAAUUCUGUGGAAAAAGCCAACAGAAGGAAGCACAUUUGGGGAAAAUGCAAAGCAUUGUGGGGAAUAUGAUGGAAGUGCGUGAUGGUUUGUAAUAUCUUUAAACCAAAACUUUGUCAUCUGGAGAUUAGGUUGUUCUCUCUACAAUGUGUA